AUGUCUGCUGCACUCGACUAUGUGGAUGAGCGGCUUGAUACGUUUGCAGCUCUAUGGGCUGCAGUAGUCGCGACUUGGUCACCUCAAAAGAUUGAGUUUGUGGGUACUCUGCUGACACAGGUUGUAUCUUUCUGGAUUCCUUCGAUCAUCUAUCUAUGCCUGGAUUAUAUUAUGCCUUCUUUCUCAGAACGGCACAAGAUCCAGCCCGCACCUAAGCAGCCAACUCGGCAGGACAUUGUGCGUUGCUUCGUGGUGGUAACCCAGAAUCAACUCUUGUCUUCGGUUCUUCAUGCAACCCUUCUCCUCGUGUCGAGCCAGGCAGGAUCAAGUUCCUCCUACCGUAUCGAGGCUUCUUUACCAGGUGCAGGGGAACUCAUUCGUGAUUUUGUCAUCUGCCUGCUCCUACGCGAGACGUUGUUCUACUAUAGCCAUCGCCUGUUACACGUCCCGUCUCUCUAUCGACGCAUCCACAAGAAACACCACAAAUUCACUGCGCCCAUUGCAUUGGCCGCGCAAUAUGCCCAUCCCGUCGAACAGAUUUUUGCCAAUGCACUUCCUAUCUCACUGCCGCCGCAACUACUCAGGAGCCACGUCCUGACCUUUUGGGUAUUUUUGGCGUGGGAAUUGUUCAACACUGCGACUGUCCAUAGUGGAUAUGACUUUUUUCACAACAAGGCCAAAGACCACGAUCUUCACCACGAGAAGUUCAAUUUAAACUAUGGGUCAAUCGGGCUGCUGGACUCAAUACAUGGCACAAACAAGCUUGGAAAGCGACACUCGGAUUAG